GCCAUUAGCUUCUCUUCUUCUCUUUCCUUCUUUCAAUUUUCUCUGUCAAAACAAAAUUUCUCUGCAAAAUCUUCUGUUUUUGCAUCAUCUGUAGUCAUUAAUCCGUCGGUUCCGAUCGAGGUUGCUGGUUUCUCUGUUUUCUGAGACGAUUACAGGCCGACAUUUGCCGGAUUUCAGGGGGUUGAGAAGCAGCUCCGUGACGGCACGGUUCCAGAGUCCUUGUAAUUUGUUGCUCUUCGAUCUUUGAGCGGUUCCGAUGGAGCAAGGUAAAGGCGGGGAUUUCCCGCUGAAAAGGCUCCAAUUGGUUACAACGGCGACACUAACGCCUACCUCUGAACCACCGAAGAAGCUCGCGAGGCAGCUGGAUUUCACGGCUUUUACCAGUGCAUCGGCAGGUACAAUCUUGCCGGAGAACCCGCAAUCUCACCAGCCAUCGCAGCAACAGCAGACAAUAACACUGCCACCACUUUCAAAUCAACCAGCUCCGCUACCAUCGCAACCGCAGGACAACAAUCUUCAGCCUCCGCCUCCCCCUCGACAUUCGUUGCCACUCUUAAAGCCGGAGUCCCCAAGAUCACGAUCACGACCUAACAUUGAGAUAAAAGAUGGUACACCAAAGAAACAGAAACAAUGCAAUUGCAAACACUCCAGAUGCUUGAAGUUGUACUGUGAGUGCUUUGCUUCUGGAAUCUACUGUGAUGGGUGUAACUGUGCAAACUGUUGUAAUAAUGUUGAGAAUGAAGCUGCCAGGCAGGAGGCUGUUGAAGUUACUUUGGAGCGGAACCCAAAUGCAUUCCGGCCAAAGAUUGCUAGCAGCCCACAUGGAACCCGAGAUAGUAGGGAGGAGGCGGGGGAGGUCCCAAUUGUGGUAAAGCAUAACAAAGGAUGUCACUGUAAGAAAUCAGGAUGCCUCAAGAAGUAUUGUGAAUGUUUCCAAGCUAACAUUCUCUGCUCCGAAAAUUGUAAGUGCAUGGACUGCAAAAACUUUGAAGGCAGCGAAGAGAGGCGGGCUCUGUUUCACGGGGACCAUAGUAAUGCCAUGGCCUACAUACAGCAGGCGGCCAAUGCUGCCAUUACUGGGGCUAUAGGGUCCUCUGGCUAUGGGUCCUCUCCUGCAUCAAAGAAGCGAAAAAAUCAGGAUAUUUUAUUUGGGACAGCAGCCAAAGAUCCAUCUAUUCAUAGGCUUGGGCCUUUCUCACAGGGGAAUAAUGCUAAAGCUUCUGAACCCUCUUCCUCCUUUCCUUCUGUCCCUGUUCCUCGUGCUUCCAACCCUGCAGUAAUGGGCUCCUCAAAAAUUUCAUACAGGUCUCUGCUAGCUGAUAUUAUUCAACCCCAGGACGUGAAGGAACUCUGCUCCCUUUUGGUUGUAGUUUCAGCAGAAGGUGCCAAGUCACUUGCAGAUAAGAGAGAUGUGACAGUCAUUCGAGCAGACAGAGAAGAUCAGAUGGAGAGUUCGCUUGCUUCUUCCACUCAAGAAAAGGAGGAAAGCCAGAAAGAACCCAAUGUUGAGAAAGUAAUGGUUGAUGACCGCUCAAGUGGGAAUCAAGCCGAUAAAAUGGGCACAGAUGAUUCUGGAUCAGAUGGUGCAGAUGCUCAGAAUGGAAGGCCAAUGUCCCCUGGGACACUUGCACUGAUGUGCGAUGAGCAAGAUACAAUGUUCAUGGCAGCUCCUUCCCCUAAUGGAGCAAUGUGCCAUGGACGCAAAACAUCCCUGUGGUGGCCUUAUCGGCAGGACAUGUCUGAGAUAUACGUGGAACAAGAAAAGCUUGUCUUGACAGCAUUCCGGGAUUAUCUUCGGAAGAUAACUACUUCUGCACAAAUUAAAGAAACAAACUGUUCUUCGUUGGCCAGAUCAAUCGAAACUGGGAACCAACAUGAACCUGUUGUGAAUGGUAUUGUAAGGUCGCCUGUUCCAGUCACUGCUGAAAUAUCUAAGACGUCAAGUGCAGGUGCUGCGGCUCCUGCUGCUGCUACUAAUAAUAACGGUCAACUUCCGAUGGUUGGAGGCUCCACUGAAAAUGGUGAUAUAAAGCCAAAGAUUGAAAAAGAUAUAUAAAGAAGGUUGCGUGAGAGGGGUAGCCGGAUAAGGUGCAAAGCCCAUAUUAGUGCAUCUCUCUAAUAUAUGGGCAUCUGUUCAAUCAUGCGGUCGUAAAUUAUAGGAAGAUGGGUCCCUUAGAUUUGAUUAUGAUUGAAGAAACAAUCAUCGUCAGAUCCAUUUUUGGGGUGGUCAUUAUUAUAUUUGAUGUAUUUCUCUUUGCCCCAUUUACAGGUACGGUGGUUGAGUGAGCAUUGUAGAAUUUUCAAUAUUAUUUUCUACGAAAUUCCAUUGAUUAUUUGUACAAAA